CACUUUCAUUCUUCACAAACCCUAAUCCUCAGAUCCACCGCGCAGCAGAGAAAUGGGUCGGGUCAUCCGCGCACAACGUAAAGGAGCCGGCAGCGUCUUCAAGUCCCACACCCACCACCGCAAGGGCCCCGCCCGCUUCCGCAGCCUCGACUUCGGCGAGCGCAACGGCUACCUCAAAGGCGUCGUCACCGACAUCAUCCACGACCCUGGCCGCGGCGCGCCGCUCGCCAGAGUCACCUUCCGCCACCCCUUCCGCUACAAGCACCAGAAGGAACUCUUCGUCGCCGCCGAGGGCAUGUACACCGGCCAGUUCAUCUUUUGCGGCAAAAAGGCCAACUUGAUGGUCGGAAAUGUCUUGCCUCUCAGGUCGAUUCCCGAAGGGGCUGUGGUUUGUAACGUCGAACACCAUGUCGGUGAUCGCGGCACGUUGGCCAGAGCUUCGGGAGAUUAUGCUAUUGUCAUUAGUCAUAAUCCCGAUAACGGAACCUCUCGGAUCAAACUUCCAUCUGGUUCCAAGAAAAUUGUUCCAAGUGGUUGUCGAGCCAUGGUUGGGCAGGUAGCUGGAGGAGGAAGAACAGAGAAGCCCAUGCUAAAGGCUGGUAAUGCCUAUCACAAGUAUCGCGUGAAGCGUAACUGCUGGCCCAAGGUUCGUGGUGUUGCUAUGAAUCCUGUGGAGCAUCCUCAUGGUGGUGGUAAUCACCAACAUAUUGGUCAUGCCAGUACUGUCCGUCGUGAUGCUCCCCCUGGUAAAAAAGUUGGUCUCAUUGCAGCAAGGAGGACUGGUCGGCUCCGUGGACAAGCUGCUGCUACAGCUUCUAAAGCUGAUAAAUAAGAAGUCUGUGAUCUGUCUUCUUUGUCAUUCCUUGUUUCUUAGUUUGAAUCUGUUUUUUUGCGGAAGUUCUGUAGUAAGAUGAUGCCUACUACUUUAUGUUCGGAACCAAUUUGCUUAAGUUUUGUUUUAUAUAUCAUAUAUCAUGACUUGAGAUUAGUAUGUUAUGUGAAUUUCAGUCAUUCAGGGUU